AUGAACGACAAUGAAGAGGAAGACCUCUUGGAUAUUUUACUAUCUGCAGCUUCCCAGGAAUUGAACAAUUCAAAGGUUGUCAGACCUUUAACAGAGGUAGAUUUAUUUGGAGAUGACCAAGAUGAGCCCCCAAUAAUAGAAGCGCCAGUGCCUAGAGCAAAGAAUGGAAUCAUACAUAGUGGAGACACAGACUCUUCAGAUGAAGAAGGUAACCGAAAUUUUGAAGAAAAGAAAUACAAUGAUUGUGGAAGAGACAUAAAACAUUUACUUAGUAGUUCUGCUGAUAACUCUUUGGAUUCUGAAGGCAAAAUUAAAAAAAGGAUAUCCUAUUGGAAAAAACCUACUUUGAUGUCAACCAAACCUACUAUUCAAAGUAAUGCAUGGGAUAAAAAUUCCCCCAACAUAAAAUCAAGCAAGUUACCAGAAGUAAAAAUUGAUGUUUACACUGAUCCUGUAUUUGGGAUUCGGAUCAUAAAUCCUUUGAUAUCAUCCACUCUGUUGCAAGAAAGGAUGAUGGGACGUGAAGCUGUCUCUUUUGAAAGAGUGGACAGAUUUUUACAAAUGAAAGGUAAAGAGAAAGAUUGGGCUAUUGCUGGUGUUAUAGUGAAUAAAAGUGCUGUGAAAACUUCCAAGAAAGGCUCACAGUUCUCCAUUUGGACUCUAAGUGAUCUCAAAGAUAGUAUAAAAACAGUAUCCCUCUUCUUGUUCAGUAGUGCCCACAAUCAGCUUUGGAAAACCAGUGUAGGAGUAGUAAUUGGUGUUCUAAAUCCAAAUGUACUGGAUAAGAGGGAUGGAUCAAAAGAAGAAGUGUGUAUACCUACAUUGUCUAAUUAA